AUGCAGCGGUUGGGGAAGACGGCGGACGCCUUGCUGACUAAUAAUGAGGUGCCCGACUAUCCCCUGCUCGAAUUUCCGACCAGCUUCCAUCUUGAGUGUCUCCACGGCUGGCACAGGGUCGAAGCUGGGCGGGAAUUUUUCGAUCCUGGGGACGAUUGGUGGACGGUUGAUCUGUACCUCUCAGACCUGAAUGUCGACCUGAAGACAUGCCUCGUCGAAGAAUACUCCAACGAGGAGAAGCCCUCAGAUGGCGAGAUCUACUACAAGAUGUGGUGCUACCAUUUCCAGCGGAAUUUCAGCUUUGAAAUGCGGUGGAAGGCGCGCCUGCGAGGCAAGCGGCAGCAGUACCUGCUGACACUCACCCGUAAUGAAGCAAUGACGGCGGCAUUCGAUGACUUGCUCGACAUCCCGUUUGUAUCCAUGGUGUGCCCUUGA